AUUCAUUGAAAACUGCCAAGAUGGAGUUCCAAGGCAAUUCAAUGCUAUACAGCUCAGAAAUCAACUCGCAGACUACUUUGUUUCACCUGCUGGGGCUGUCGCAUGGCAAUGGGCAAGAGUAUAAAUUAUACAAUUUGAAAGGAAGCGAUGAACUGAAAGAGCGAUGUACUUGGGGAGGGGAGAGAAGUUGUUAACCAUAAAACCGAUGUAAAACAGAAAAUCCUUCUCAUUUGUUCCCGAUACGUUGAAGAGUAAACAAGUUUCUAAAACACAAGUACAGGUUGUGUCUUUGCUUUGUAACAGCUGAAAAUUAUAUACGUUAUAACAAUGGCACUUCGUUUGGAAAUUAUUAUCCAUGAAGUAAUGUCAAGGCCAUAUCUUUUUAAUAAAUUUCACGAGGAUUACCAAGAUGGGCAUAAAAGGCAGCGAGGGUUCGAUGAAAUCGCAACGCAAGUUAAUAAUUUCAUAAUUUCGGUGGACCGAAAUGCCGAACUUUUAAAUGGCAAAAAUAUAGAAUGUCUAUGGAAUCAACUGUUAAAUGAUUAUAAAGAGGCUCGUAAGCAGAUGAACAGUCAGAGGUCUGGCGAUGGAUUGAAAAUAAUCCAUUUUUCAUACAUGCGGGAGAUGUCUUUCAUGGAUCCCUAUCUACAGCAGAAACAAGUAUUGUCCAGUUUGAACCAAAGCAACAGAUUAAAAAGGAAAAAAGUACUACAGGCUCCUCAAUCAACCCAGAAAAAAAAGGUUGACCCAAUUGAGAAAAAUUGUGCGAUUAAGCGUAUAAAUUCACAGAUGGAGAAUAUAUUAAACGCUUUCCAAGCCAAUCUCUCUGGGACUCCUGCUGAUCCAAGAAAUUCUGCACAAAGUUCAACUGCUGCUCCAGCGUACUACCCAUUCAAUGCUGCUCUGCCUUCAACUUCUGGAGAAGCUGCAUCAACCUAUUCUCACCCUCUGAACCCUGCCAUGCCAUCGACUUCAGCUGCUACUCGAGAUUACUAUUCUUUUCAUUCUGCUGUGCCAUCGACAUCUCAAGAAGUUGCUUCUCACUGUCCAAACCGUACUGUGCCAUCGACUUCAGCUGCUACUCCAGAUUACUAUUCUUUUCAUUCUGCUGUGCCAUCGACAUCUCAAGAAGUUGCUUCUCACUGUCCAAACCGUACUGUGCCAUUGUCUUCAGCCGCUGCUCCAGAUUACUACUUCAUAAAUCCUGCUGUGCCUUCGACAUCUGAAGAAGCUUCAUCAGGUUCUUCUCACCCUCUCAACCGUGCCGUGCCAUUCAGUUCAUCAGUUGCUCCUACCUACUCGCUCAUUAAUUGUCAGCCCUCUACGUCUCGAAAUGCUGUAUCAGCCCCAACUUACCUUAACGCUGUCCCAUCGACUUCAGGUAGACCUGCUGUACCGUCGACUUCCACCGCUAAUGAUACUGCUGGAUUGGAUGUAUCAAUAAGAAACAAUUUAUCCAACCCCAGUUCAGAUUACAGCAACAUACUUUGGGAAUCUUUUCAAAAGGUUCCAGCUGGUCAAGAGUUAAAUUGUUUCAAGCAUGUACUUAAAGAUUUUCUGCAGUUUCGCAGAACACUGAAGAAAGAAUGAUGGACAGUAAUGAAAAUAAUAGUGUAGGUUUUUUUACAGUGUUUUUGUUAUUGGAGUUUGUAAUUUUAAGUUUUUUGUUGCUCAUAUCUUGAAAAAAUCAUUUUAACGAGCAUGUGAAUUAAUUCUUUUCCAAGUGAUUAAAAUAACAUAUUUUUUUUAUUUGUAAACUAUUAUCAACUAUAAAAACAUUUGUUUUAUAUUUUACAAACCUGUAAUUCACAUGCUCGUUAAAUAGAUUUUUCCAAGACUUUCAGUUCUCAUAUUCCAAAAUGAGAUAACACAAGUGACUAAACAAUGAUUCCGACAGACUCAAGUUGUCACUGAUUUUGAAUAUAGCAUAUAGGUUUAUUCCACAUAAACAAAUGGAAGCUGUGUACUCAGCAAUUACUGAGUUCCAUAAUAAAAAAAAAAGUACAAUUUAUUUUAUAAUAAAACAUUCCUGCUCGGAAAGAAAAAAAAAAGGUUUUUGUUUUCAUUCAUGGUUUUGGAAAAUUGAGCAUGUGCUCAUUGAACUGAUAUUUCCAAAACCAUGAUUAAGGAGACACACCAGUGUUGAAAUAAUAAAAUUAACAUUUGAUAUUAUAUUAUUAACCGUUUUAUAAUUUAC